AUGACUUCCUCCGGAGUCAACCUCUUCCAUCUGCCAUCAGAAACAACCAACAACGAAGUGAAAUUUUCGCCGUCCACGGGAGAUGGGUCGGAAGAUGAAGAUUAUUCUGCAAGUCUCAGUGCAGUUCUUCGUCAACGUAGAGCAAGUGUAAGGCGGUCUCGCAAGGGACGAGCACGGCGCUCAUCAUCACCUUUCCUUACGGAUGAAUCUCGUUCAAGACGGCGUUCUUCGGUAUUCACUACAAGUUCUGGCGAUACCGCUAUAUCUAUUGAGGAUCAGCCGAUCGUAACACAAGAACAAAUAUUCGAAAAUAUUCACUUGCAUAAAGAAGUUCUUGGAUCUGUGAAACAACAGCCAUUAGGAAUGAGAAGAAAAUUAAAAAUCGUGCAGCAGGCUAAGGGCUACAUUAAGCGCCAUGAAGGACAGUUGCAAGAACGAUUGGCACAGUCUAAAAGUACAAGGGAUAUUUAUGCAAGGUUUAAUAUCUUAUUGGCUACAAAAUGGCAGCAAUUGAAACGUGAAGCGGCAAAUACUUCAAAUCUUUUUAUACCCUGGGAAUUACGAAUUAAAGAAAUUGAAUCACACUUCGGAUCUGUCGUGGCAUCUUACUUUACCUUCUUGAGAUGGCUCUUUUGGGUCAAUCUAGUUAUUGGGUUUAUAUUACUCGUUUUUGUGAUAAUACCAGAGUAUCUGACAGCAAAUCCCGCAGAAGAUGGAGAAAGAAAAGCCAUAAUGGAUGAUGAAUCCCUAAAUGCUACUAACCUUUUAACACUUUGGGAGUUUGAAGGAGUCCUAAAACAAUCGCCGAUAUUUUAUGGUUACUAUAGCAACGUCGAACGGCCGGAGUACAGAAUGCCUUUGGCCUAUUUCCUUACAGGCUUAGCCGUAUAUAUUUACAGCUUUGUAGCAACACUAAGAAAAAUGGCAGAAAAUUCACGCAUGUCUAAACUAUCAGAAAAAGAAGAUGAAUGUAUAUUUUCUUGGAAACUCUUCACAGGAUGGGAUUUCAUGAUUGGAAAUACAGAGACCGCACACAACAGAAUUGCUUCCGUAAUUUUGGGAUUUAAAGAAGCACUACUAGAAGAAGCAGAAAAGAAGAAAAACUUGAGGAAUUGGCGCAUAAUUUCUUCACGUACUUUAGUAAAUAUCUGCGUUAUUAUUCUUCUUGCUAUGUCAGCCUAUGCAGUAGUAACCGUUGUUUCUCGCUCCGAUGACAAUCUUAAAGUUAGAAGCUGGUGGCGUGAAAACGAGACGACUAUAGUAGUUACCGUGAUAUCAAUUAUGUUCCCGGUAUUGUUCGAACUCCUUGGCUUUUUUGAGCAUUAUCAUCCUAGAAAGCAGCUGAGAUUACAACUGGCAAGAAUCAUGGUACUAAAUCUUUUGAAUCUGUAUUCUCUAAUAUUUGCUCUAUUUAGAAAAAUUGAAGGGAUGAGUAACGAGCUAGAUAGACUACAGCCCAAAUUACAUAUGAAUGUAACAAUUGUCACCGAGAAUACAUAUAAUAAUAGUGAACUUUUGGGCCUAUAUAAAGCAUGUUUUGAGACAGCAGUACCGUGUUUGCCAUGUGACAUGUUAAAUGUACAAAAACCCGAUAAAGAAAAUUCAAGAGUAAACAAUAAAAAUCAAAGUUUUGAUUAUGCUUUAAGUAAUGUUGGCAUCGUGACUGAGAAUGUCAAAAAUAAAACAAUGAUUAAAAAAAGAAACCUGCGCUAUAUCGAAAUUGCUGAAAAUCUUACACAAAAUAACAAUAAUAAUUCAUACGCUGAGGAAAAAAUAUCUCUUUUAAAAGAAAUUGAAAGAAUUCAUAAUUUAAGUAAAUUGACACAAUCAGAAGAUUAUAAUGAUACUUUGGAAACAGAAGAUACGGAAUCAUAUGAUUUUAGUGACGACUUAUAUCACUCAACUGAUACAACUUUAAUAACAGAAACAGAACAUGAUUAUAAAUCUAGUGUUUCUACAUUAGAUUCUACUUAUUCUGAACCUAACAUUAAUUCAGAGACUAAUAAUAUAUUACCACCUAUUACAGAAAGUUUUUAUAGUACGCAAACAACAGAACCACAAGUAUUUUUGAUUCAUAGCACGCUAGAUACAGAAGUGACUUUUACAGCUACAAAUACUGAUUUAUAUCAAGACACUUAUACAAAUGCAGAUACUACUAACACUAAUAUAGAAGAUUUGAAAAAGAAUAACACCAACUUUACAAUGAUUGAUACAGUAUAUUUUGACAAAUGUCAUAGAAAAAUGUACAACUUGACUAUUGGUACCAAGAAGAAACUACUAAAGUUAUGCUGGGAAACUAUGUUUGGCCAAGAAUUAGUUAAACUGACUAUGAUGGAUUUAGUUUUUGUGUUACUAGGAACACUUUUUUUGGAUUUUUUUCGGGCUUUAUUUGUAAGAUACAUGAAUAAAUGCUGGUGUUGGGAUUUAGAAAAGAAAUUUCCUGAAUAUGGUGAUUUUAAAAUUGCAGAAAAUAUUUUACAUCUAAUUAACAACCAAGGAAUGGUUUGGAUGGGAAUGUUUUUUUCACCCGGUCUUGUAGUUUUAAAUAUUUUCAAAUUGAUGAUAAUGAUGUACCUUCGAUCGUGGGCUGUAAUGACUUGCAAUGUACCUCAUGAAGUGGUUUUUAGGGUAUCUAAAAGCAACAACUUUUAUCUGGCGCUUUUAUUGACAAUGUUAUUUCUAUGCGUCUUGCCGGUUGGAUACACAAUUGUAUGGGUAACACCGUCAUGGCAUUGUGGUCCAUUUUCUGAAUAUGAAAAAAUUUACAAAAUAUUAACAAACAAAAUGUAUGAAGUCUUACCACAAAGUCUUAAUUUUGCUUUAGAGUAUAUAGCUUCACCGGCUAUUGUAAUACCUUUACUUGUUUUGUUAAUACUCAUAAUAUAUUAUUUAACUUCACUAACGAAUUCUCUAAGAGAAGCUAAUAAUGAUUUAAAGAUUCAGUUAAGAAGAGAGCGUACAGAAGAACGAAGGAAAAUGUUUCAAUUAGCUGAUACACGUAGGCGUGCUGGAUCAUCAUCUAUCGAAAAUACACCAUUUACAAGGUGGAAGAAAGCCUUGCCGUAUCUUCCAUUAACAAAAUCUAUAGAAUCUGAUGAUCGAAAAACCACGAUUAAUGACACUAUUGAAAACAAAACAAUCAAGAAGAAAGGUGGAAUUUUUGCAAGAAUUGUUGGAUUAGCAAUAGACCGGAAGUCAAAUGGUGAACCUGUAUCAGACGGCCACCCUAGUUCACAUAAUAUUGAUGAAGAAACAGAUACGGACUUUCAUGAAACCUUACCAAAAGAAGUUUUAAAAAUAAAAGAUAUUACUUUUAAUAAAAAUGUCGAAGUAAAGAAAAAACCUAAUGUCGAAUUCAAAACAGAAGUUAGUACCGAAAGUAAGCCGAUAAGUGAGAUCAUGGCCAAAAAUUGUAUACCUGAAAAAAUAAUGAAAAGAAGUCCUGACAUAAAUGACGUAAAAGACAAUAUUGCGAGUGAUAAAUGUGUACUUAAGAAAAAAAAAUCAAAUGACCACUGUAUUCAAAAGAAACAGAGUUCGGAAUCAAGUAAUCUAUCUAAACAAACUGACUCAAUCGGAUCAGUAAUACCAGUUAUAACCAUUAGUACAACAGAGAGCGAUGAUGAAAUACUACAAACAAUUAAUAACGAACAAAAAAUAAUUAAUGAAAACCAAAAUGAAAAAAAUAACGAAAAAGUAGCAGAAAGUGUUACAAAUAAAAAUCCAAAAAGCAACUUAAAAAGAAACAGAAACUGCUCAGAUUUAAAAUCUCUUCAACGACAAAGCAGUGUUGACAGUAUAAAUGAAAACAAAAGUCCUAAGGAAUGUGAAGACACGGGGCAUAAGUACCAAUACUCACUGUAAAUUACUAUCUGAGAACUUUUAAAAUUGAGACUUUUUAAAUUGAGUUAAUAAAUAUAAGAAAAACAAUAA